GGGGAACUGCGCUCUGCAGCCUGUAUAUAACGACCCCCACACGUCAGUCCGCCACUGCCAGACAGGAGCUGAGAACUACCGAGCGGCUUCUCCCACGUUUUUGAGACGACCACAACUCCUCUAAUCUACCAGGAUGGUGUGUGUAUACGUGUUCCUCUUCCUGGCUCUCUGCAGAGCAGGGUUUUGCAGCCUGCAGGAGCAUCAGACAGACUUUGGGCUGCAGGUGUUCUCCCAGUUAGUUGAGGGCUCUAAGGGAGAGAACCUGGCCUUCUCCCCCUACGGCGUGGCGUCUCUCCUGGGCAUGGCCCAGCUGGGAGCUGGAGGCACCACCCGCAAGGCUCUGACUGCAGCCAUGGGCUUUUCUUUACAAGAAAAGGGGAUGUCUCGGCAGCAGCGUCUACUCCAGCGAGACUUGUCCAGUGAGGAGGGUGUGGAGGUGAUCAGCGGGGUGUUAGUGGAGCGGAAAAUGAGCUUGGAGAAGGGAUACCGAAGGGCAUUAGCUAAAGCCUUCCAGACUCACCCCCAUCAGGUUGACUUCUCCAGGCCAGAACAGGCACGCAGCAUCAUCAACGACUGGGUUUCAGACCACACUGCAGGUGCCAUCCCUAAAUUCCUGCCUCCCGGAUCGCUGACUGACGAGACCCGCCUGGUCCUCCUGAAUGCCCUCCACUUCCAGGGCCUGUGGAAUGUGCCCUUUGACACCAAACUGACGCAGGAGAGGAUUUUCCACUGUGCAAAUGGCAGCUCUGUGCCCGUGCCCAUGAUGAGGCUCACCAAUCGCUUUAAAUAUGGUGAAUUUGUUUCUGCUGAUGGUUUGGACUAUGAUGUCAUUGAGCUCCCCUAUGAGGGGGAUUCACUGAGUAUGCUCCUGGUGCUGCCCUUUGAACCAGAGGUGUCUGUGAGCGCCCUCACCAAGGAGCUGAGCAGCCGGAAGAUCCAGCAGUGGAGAGCAGAACUGAGGAGUGUCAAGCGACAGCUGGCCCUGCCAAGGUUCACCCUGGACUGUGAGGUGGAUCUGAAGACGGCUCUCUCCAACAUGGGUCUGGGCAGCAUGUUCAGCUUGGCUACUGCUGACUUCACACGGAUCACCGCUGAUGAACAGCUGUAUGUGUCCAAGGUUCUGCAGAGGGUCAAGAUAGAAGUUGACGAGCAAGGAACCAAGGGAGCAGCAGCAACAUCUGCUGUCAUGUUUUCCCGCAUGGCUGUGGAGGAGAUCACGCUGGACAGACCCUUCCUCUUCAUCAUCCAGCACCAGCCCACAGGUGCUGUUCUGUUCAUGGGCCAGGUCAAUCAGCCCCAUCAACAGCUUCAACCAUCACAGCCCUGAAGACAGUCUGAAACACCGCUACAACCUCCACUGUCACGCCAGUGUCACUCCAGUGUCCCUGUCAUGGGCCACCAUUAUCCACACGUGCUACUGAGACUUCAAAACGGAACAGACCUGAUGCCUGUAUGUGACCAGUGUGUUUACUAAGACCAGUUGUGACGUCAUCAACCAUAUGAGAAGCUGGCUGAUAAUGUGUUGAUCGUUGAGAACGAAAAUAUAUAUUUUUAUAGAGAGGACAACGGUUCAGAUUUGACAUGAAAGAAUUAUAAACCAGGGACGAUGUGAUUGUUUAACCGAAAUGAAAUGCCUGGAUGGGGUAUAUUUGGUGAUAAUUUAUUGCUUUUGAUGGAUGUGGCUGACAAGAUCAAGAACUAUACGAAGGGAAAUUAAUCUCAUCACAUUCCAAUAUGCAAUAGUUCAUUUUAAAUGGGACACACUCUUCUAAUUCUUCACAAAGUGCAUUUUCAUGGCUGCUUUCACCCAAAAAGAGACGUAUUUGUUUUCGGUUUUUAGAAUGUUGAUAGUGAUGUUUAUUGUCAUUGUUAUUAUUUGCUUUAUUGCUGCAAAGAGAAAUAUGUAUUUUUACACUAUUUAUAUAUUUAUUAAAAUAAAAAGGUUUAACAAA